AUGAGCAACGGUGGCAGCGCCAAUUUUAUGUCUUCCAGUGGCGCCCUGGAUUUCAGUUAUCCUUUUGCAAGCUGGCUUCCUGCAGUGAACAAUAAAUAUGUGAAUUCAUCAUUAGUAGCUCCAUGCAAUUCUGCAACUAAUCCUGAUCCUGACAAUCAUUAUCUUUACGAGAACUCAUCAUCUUUUGAAUCAUCGUCGUUGUCCUUGAUUAAUCUGCAGCUAUGGAGGGAGGAGCUGAGAUCACGUAUGAUUCUGGCGGCCAUGAGUUAUGAGGGACGAAGAUUCCUUGAGAAGGAGCUAGAGGCGAUUGAUGAUGAAAUCAUCGGAGCCAUCAUUAAUGUGCUGAAGCAUAACAUCCACGACUUUAUGGUACAUUAUGUCGCCAAUUUUGUUAUACGCAAAGUUUUUGAGCUAUUCAUUAAGGCUUUAGUGAAUAAUUCAGUUGACAUUUGUACCGAUAAAGAUGGAUGCUCCAUGAUUAAGAAAAUAAUUACUUAUGUUGAUGUUGUUGGUGAUCUCUCAUCUUGGGAACUUCUCACUUUUGCAAUAGCAAGGCAAACACUCCCAUUAGCUGAAGAUGACUAUGGAAAUUGUAUUGUUCAAUACAUGGUGGAGUUAUGGAUACUUGAUUUAACAACAACAUUCGUUGAUUCAUUGUUCGAGAGAUUUGUGUCCCUUUCAAAGAAUAAGUUCGGAAGUUGUAUGGUGAAGAGAUGCUUGCAAUGCACAACUUUGCCUUUAAUUAAAGUUAUAAUCAAAGAGAUAGGCGAACCUCUACAAUUCUUAUCUCUUGUAAAAAAUGUUUAUGGAAACUACGUGGUUCAUACUGCACUUCAAGUUUCACAUGUAUGA